GCCGCCGCCAUGUCCGCCAUCAUCGAGCAGGAGUUCCAGGAGAUCGAUGCCACUAACGACUGGCAGGCGCGUUAUCUGGAAAUUCGACAUAAAUCCAGUGACUACCCUCAUAGAGUUGCAAAAUAUCCAGAAAACAGAAAUCGAAACAGAUACAGAGAUGUUAGUCCGUAUGAUCAUAGUCGUGUAAAACUGCAGAACACCGAGAAUGACUAUAUCAAUGCAAGCCUAGUGGUCAUAGAAGAAGCCCAGAGAUACUAUAUUUUAACACAGGGUCCACUACCUAAUACGUGUUGUCAUUUUUGGCUAAUGGUAUGGCAACAACAAACCAAAGCAGUUGUCAUGCUGAACAGGAUUGUUGAAAAAGAAUCAGUGAAAUGUGCACAAUACUGGCCAACAAAAGAAGAGGAAGUUAUGACGUUCAGUGAAACAGGUUUCCGUGUGAGGCUAGUAUCUGAAGACGUCAAAUCCUAUUACACAGUACAUCUACUGCAAUUAGAAAAUAUCAAUAGUGGUGAGUCCAGGAUGAUCUUUCAUUUUCAUUAUACUACAUGGCCAGACUUUGGAGUUCCUGAAUCCCCAGCUUCAUUCCUGAACUUCCUGUUUAAAGUCAGAGAGUCUGGUUCACUAAGUCCUGAACACGGACCUGCAGUAGUUCACUGCAGUGCGGGUAUAGGACGUUCCGGCACAUUUUCAUUAGUAGACACUUGUCUUGUUCUGCUGGAGAAAAAAGACCCAUUUUCUGUAGAUAUUAAGAAGGUAUUACUGGAUAUGAGAAAAUAUCGAAUGGGACUUAUUCAGACUCCUGAUCAACUAAGAUUUUCAUAUAUGGCUGUAAUAGAAGGAGCAAAAUUUAUAAUGGGGGAUUCAACGAUACAGAAACGGUGGAAGGAGCUCUCUAAGGAGGACCAAGCGCCAAGUUCUGAGCAGUCUCCUCCACACCCAACCAAAAUAACCACAGAGAAGUACAACGGGAACAGCAUAGUCCUGGAGAACAAAGAUCAAAUGGAGAAAAUAAAUACUGACCUGUCCACUAAAGUUCAAGAUAUCACAGACGGAAACAUUGAAAGUACGGUCCGAAAACGACUGCGAGAGGAUAGAAAAGCUAACACAGUACAGAAGCUGCAGCAGAUGAAGCAGAAGCUAAAUGAGACUGAAAGAAAAAGAAAAAGGCCGAGACUGACUGACACCUAAGCCUUCAAGACUUGUGAAUAUUCUGCAGCUAUUAACUGCAAAUUAUUGACAUGCAAAGCAAGACAUGAACCCCCUCUUCAGGAACAAAAAGUGAGGUCUGUUAAGUACCAAGAAGACCUCAGUUAUCUGUUUACAGCGUAAACUGCGUCGAGGGGAUGAGGAUCACCAGCAGCGUGCUACUUUGCAAAACAAAAUAAUUUGCAUCCUGUGUUUUUUAUAAUGCCUGUAUUAAUGUAGAAAGAUGUAAAAGAAAUAAAUUAGGAAAUAUUUUGUUUUGUACUGCCAUUCUUAUUGUAUUUUUAUACUUUUUGGCAGCAUUAAAUAUUUUUUUAAAUCGAUGAUAUGCUGUUGUGUGCGCAUUAUGUUAGGGAGAAACUUAAGAGCGUGUUUUGCAGAAAAAAAUGUUUAACCUUAAGGUUUGCUGAUAUCUUGUUUUAACUGGAAAAUGGCAAAAUGAUUAGAAUGUGCUUUAUGCAAAUGUUUUCAUUAAUGCUAAGUAUUGUAGUUUGAACUAGGAGGAACUCUUGCACAUUUCUUUUGUAAUGUACCACUAAGAACAUUAUUUUAUUAAUCUGACCAGUUGGUAUGGUAAUCCUUCUGAUGUUUGAUAUAAAAUCUGCACAAAAUGUUCAGACUCACUUUGUGAAGGUAAGGUGUUUUGUUGCUGAUGCAUUAAAGGGAGGAAAAAUGGUAACUCUGACA